UGUCUGUUACACACACACACACACACACACAUAUGACAUAUAUAUAUAUAUGUCUUCUAAGUUACCUUUACUUACAGGGGAUGCCUCUACGUGAUAUCUCUCUGCUGUUCUAAUUAGGCAUCUGAUGCGGUCGUCGUCUUCCAUGGAUCCAUUCGAUUUGUUCCGCAGAGAACAUUCUCAUUCUCAGACAAUGGAGAAGAAGGCGCAGGAUUCUUCACUGCCAACAGUUCUCGACUUCUUCAGAACGGAAGAACUCGAGACGAGCUCGUCAAAGCCAGAUUUUGAAGAACAGGGCGCGAAGAACGGCGCGUCGAGGUUACGUGAAAUCCUUCGGCUUCUGAGGAUUCGAUCGAAGAAAUCGAUGUCGAAUUUGAAUCCCUUCAGCAACAACAACAGUGCCCUGAAGAAUUCUAUGAGGAGAUGCAGCAGCAUGAGGGAAACCAUCGGAUUCGACUGUAAUUUCGUGUUCAAUGAUGCUCGGUUUCAUCUGGUUUCUCCCCGAAGGAUCUUCACCCUCGCCGAGCUUCAAUCCGCCACGGACAAUUUUGCUUUCGAUAAUCUUAUCGGAAAAGGCGGUUACGCAGAGGUGUUCAAGGGACGACUGCAGAACGGGCAGCUCGUGGCGAUAAAACGGCUGACACGAGGGACGACAGACGAGAUCAUCGUAGAUUUUCUGUCCGAGAUGGGGAUGAUGGCGCAUGUGAACCAUCCCAACGUAGCAAAGCUUUUCGGGUAUGGCAUCGAAGGAGGAAUGCAUCUCGUUCUCGAAUUGUCGCCUCACGGGAGCUUAGCUUCCAUGCUCUAUGGGUCAAGGGAGAAGAUCGAUUGGGGCGUCAGGUACAAGAUUGCGUUAGGGACGGCCGAGGGAUUGGUGUAUCUUCAUAGAGGAUGCCAGAGAAGGAUCAUACACAGAGACAUAAAAGCUGCAAACAUUCUUCUCACACAAGACUUUCAGCCUCAGAUUUGCGAUUUCGGGCUUGCGAAAUGGUUACCGGAACACUGGACGCACCAUAUCGUUUCCAAGUUCGAAGGCACAUUCGGAUAUCUUGCCCCAGAGUACAUGACUUAUGGAAUAGUAGACGAGAAGACCGACGUUUUCGCCUUUGGUGUACUCUUGUUGGAGCUAGUCACUGGACGUCGAGCUCUCGAUUACUCGAGGCAAAGUCUUGUUCUAUGGGCAAAACCCUUGAUGAAGAAGAAUAAAAUUAGAGAGCUGAUCGAUCCAUCUCUGGCGAAUGCCUACGACACAAGACAGAUGAAGCUCGUGCUUUUAGCUGCCUCGCUAUGUAUCCAGCAAUCAUCGAUUCAGAGGCCUCAAAUGAGUCAGGUUUUGGAGAUCCUCAAAGGCAACUUGAACGAUCUUAAGUGCAUAAAGAAAUGCAGGGUUUCGUUCUUUCGCAAGGCCUUUCGCGACGAAAUCAUAGUUACAGAAAUGCAUGAUCACAAGUCACCAAAGAUCUGAAAAUGUUUCUGAAAUCUUGAAGAUCAAGAACUCCAUGAGCUCAGGACAUUGUUGAUGCAACCUGAGAUUCAGACAUUGAGCUUCAAGAAACAGUGGAAGCUUCAGAUGUCUGAACGUCUCCACUCAGUAAGGAGAAGGAAAUAGCACUGAGGGCUCCUCUUUUCCCACCAAUUUUGGAAAUUUAGAAUUCAUAGCCAUAUAUUCUAAAUGCCUUGGCAAAUUAUUGGAGAAAUCUAACGUCAUGUAGAAACGAGUUGAUAGAAAUUUCCAUCGACAACAAAUCAGUAGAGAUUGUUUCG